AUGCCACCAAAUCCAGGGUACGGUGAUUGUUUUGAGGAGCCCCGAACCAUGUUUUAUUUUGAUCCCAUGGACUUGAAAUGCAAAAAAUUCAAAGUCAUCAACUGCAAUGCCAAAAACCAGAAUCAAUUCGAAACCUACGAAUUGUGUACCCGCUUUUGUCAGUCGACCGCAUGUCUAGCCGGACAGUCUCUGUUACUCGCUCGUGACAGUUCCCCAGUCAAUUGUCGCGCGUCCGGAUGUCCCAGCGGAUACCGAUGUGUCUAUGACAAACUCUUCAAUCGUCAUGUCUGCUGUGGUCACUCUCCCACGGGUGUUUGUCCAAUCGGAACCGUCUCGUUUGCACAAGUUCAAUCCAAUCAGCCGAUGAGAUGUAAUCCAUCAGCAUACCGGGAUUCGUGUCCAACUGAUUAUGUGUGUACUACACAAGGACUACAUAGCUUUUGUUGCUCUCCUCAUGAUGCUAUCUGCCCUGCUGGACAACAGCCAUACAACCACAUUGUCUCUAAACACAGCAUGAAGUGCAACCCGUUAGAAACAUCAUCAUGUCCAGAAACCUACUAUUGCUCUCCAGCAGUCCCUGGAGCCCAUUGGGGAUUCUGUUGUAGUGUACAUAUCGAAGCAGCAUGUCCAGAUGGAACAGAAUCUUAUUUAGAUUUUAUGAGUAAAACUCCCGUGAGGUGUACGGUAGGAGUUACACAGUGCAAUAUCGGUUACUCAUGCCAAAGUUCUCAAUCCGGAUCCUUGAUUGGAUUCUGUUGUACAGUUCCAAAAAUCAGCUACCGUACUCCACCUCGCUCUUCAUCAUCCAGAGAAUCCGAAGACCAACACUUCCUCAUUCACAAUGAGGGACUCAUUGGGCCAUCAUCUCGCGUGUCGUCAAUUGUCACAAGCCAUCAAAAACCUGCCAAGCCAUACCAAAAAGUAACAAAAUCAACAUCCACCUAUGGCGUCGUCUCGAAUUACAAACCGGCGACGUGUCCACCAAGAGCGACUUCGGUUUUCUAUGCGAACACUCAAAUUAAUGUCGAAUGCACACCAGCCGAGGGAUAUAGUUUUGAGUGUCCAGAUAAUUCAACGUGCGUUGAUGCCUAUAUGGAUUUGGCGGGAAGACAAGUUUGCUGUCAAAUGCCAAAAACUACGCCGACACCUUCUUUUGUGUAUUUUGUGACUUCAACGCCUAGAAUGCUUAGGUACAAAACAGCAGAUAGCUUCUGUCCCUAUGCAAUUCGCCACUUACAAUGCCGCCCAUCUGCCUCAACAUGCCCAAUGGGAUAUUUUUGUCAAUACCUCUUCGAAACUUCCUCAUUUUCCUGCUGCUCUCUGUACUAA